AUGAGGACCGGCUCGCCGGCACUCCGAGAGCAUCUCACGAAGCUCAACACGAGCGUUCGUUUCCUGGGUGCCAUCGCCGAGCGGGCAACCCAGGCGCUAUCGACCCAAGCGCUGCACAAAUUUGAACGAGGCGUCGGCUGGCUCAUGGUGCUGCCGAGCGCUCUGUGCAUCGGCGCCGUGGAGUUAUCACGCAACAUGACGAUUGAUGACGCGUCCCUCGCACCCGGGCACAAGCUCGGCCAAACAGUCAACUUCUUGGUCGUCGCAGUCGCCGUCGCUCCCGUGCUGGCCUCCUUCCUGGUGAGCAGCGUGCUGGUCCGGGUUCCUCUCAGCGUCCUCGGAAGAGACGAAGGGGUCGCGAUGGCGGCCCUGCUUCAUGAGGAACCGCCACUUAUCACGGGGAAGUCCUCCUCGCUGGACAGCAUCUUGGCCCUCGUCGGCGUAGGCAGCCGGCGUGGGAGUGCGAGCGUGGCCGUCAUGAAGCGAGCUUGUAUGGCCGAGCGCCUCAGCACGUCCUCGCACCCCGACGAAAUGCUGCAGUGGGCCCUCUUGCUGGCAUAUGCGUGCCAGAUCACACACGUGCUCUCCGGACAGUCAGAGCUUGAGAACGACGCAACGUUUGCGGUUAUAUUGCUGAUUGGUUUCCCGGCACUCGUCUAUGCGGCGCGCCAGCUGCGCAACCUGCGCAUCCGCAUCGCCACGCAGCAUAACGCCGCCGACUUGCUUGAGCGCUUCCACGCACGCAUGCGCCAUCUGGUGCUGCUCCAGCUGUGCUGCGUGUGCCUUGUCCUCGUCACCGCCGUCUCGUCGCCGUUGCUGCUCCCUCCGGUCGCCUACAGCAGCGACGCCAACCCAUGCACCCUUGUCACGCGCUGGUUCCUGUGGACCAAAUGCCGCCGCAGCCACGCCCUCACCGGCAGCCCGUACACGUGCUCGGCCGACGGCUACGGGCCGUACAGCUCUGCCUACGCCGCAUGCAGCGCAGCGCGCUCGCAGCUUCCAUUCCUGGCCGUCACCUACUCCGCCAUCAUGCUUUCGCUCAACGCGCUGCUGUACCUCUGGCUGCUCACGGCCACCGACGACGCCGCGCCGCCGCCCUCGCCACCGCCGGCCGAGUGGAGGGGCCUCGAGGCCUUCUGGCUCGGCGCAUGGCUCUUCACGACCAUCGCCAUCGGCUGCUCGCCGCUGUACGUCGCGGCGCUGCUCGCCGACCGCGGCGGGUAUGAGCACAUGCCAUCGCCGACCACCUUCGAGGCGCUCGCGCGGCUGCGCGUCCAGACGGUCAACAUUCUCUGCUGGUGCACCGCAAUGCUGCUCUUCAACACGCCGCGCGUGCGCCACGCGUACCAAGUCGUCAAGCUGUCGCGAUGCCUCGGCUGUUCGCGCGAGGUGGCCGGCACGCUCGCGGCGAUCGUGAGCGGCGAGCCGGCGACGACGUACAGCAAGUACGCGGAGCCCACGACGCUCGCGUUUGCGCCACUUGGCGUCGCGGCGCGCGGCGUCGAGGCCUUCCUCGCUGGCGACGGCCUCAUGGAGGACUCCAUCAGGAGCCAGAUGGCGCGAGGCGGCGUCGAGGCCAUCCGACGCGAGUUCGAGGCGUCCGGCAGCGAGGCGGACGUCGAGUGCAUGCGAUACGUUCUCGACGAGGAGGCGGGCUCGUCGCCCACGAUCUUCCCGAACGCGCCCUUCCCUCGCGACUGCGACUGGACCAUGCGCGCGCGCGCCGACCGCACCGAUCCGCUCUCGGGGCGCGGGCUGCGCCUCUGCCACUUUGUGGAGCACCCAAGCGCGCGGCUCGCCGGGCUGAGCUCCGCUCACGUGGCGGCGCUGCGCAUCUACACGACCGCCGCCUUUCGUUCCAUCAACGAGCCGCUGCGCGACCACUCGCGCGUGGCUGCCAAGAAGCCGCACCCGCUACCUGUGACGGUCGCGCUCAUCGCGGACGCCGUGCGCAGGCUGCGGGCGGCGGCGCCCGACGCCGACGUGCCACUCGAUCUGUAUCGCGGCCUGAAGAACGUGCAGGUGGGCGACGCCUCGAGUAGCUUCGUCGGGCGCGGCGGCACCGAGCGCGCGCCGAUGUCCACCACGAGCGACGUUCGCGUGGCCGUCCGGUAUGCGGCGAGCGAGCAUUCGGUGCUGCUGCGCCUGCGCACCAAGAACGCCAUGGAGCGGGGCGCCGAUCUCGCCUGGCUGUCGGCCUUCCCCGGCGAGCACGAGUUCCUCUUCCCGCCGCUCACGUUUUUGCAGCACGUGGCCAUGGACACCGUCGACAUUGGCGGCCGCCCAUUCCGGGUGCUCGAAAUGGAGCCGCGCCUCGGCUGA